CGCUGGGACCGUAUGAUCUAGAAGUUUAGAUAUCGAUUAGUAAGUAUUUGUAUCUUCAUGAUAAUGUGCAGGCUAUGCGAAAUGGUAGAUUCUUGACUCAGUUGUUCUGGCAACUACGAUAAGCAUGUUCAUAUGAUAUAUUGUGCUGGCUAAGAUCUGCAGUUAACGAGACCUUGCAAGACGGUGCCAAGACUGAUCAUGGCUAGCGCUCAGGAUGGAUUUGAUUCAGAACCCUGGUCUCUAUUACGGUCGUAGCGAAUAGUGCUGCCGCGCGCCUCGAUCAAAGUUCAAUAUAUUUUCAAUGGUCAACCCUAACUACUAGCGGUAUUUCAUCCUUUCUGCUAAUAUCCCCGCUAUAGUCCCCAGUCAUGACGCCCACCCUCACGGAACGCAUUCCUCCCCCGCCUCCCGCCCAAUUUCACCCCAGCGUCAUCCUGAAGCACCCACAACCACAACCGAAAUCGCCUAUUCAGUCUAAAGUAGCUAUACAGCCGUGGGUCGCCCAACUUGCGCACCUUGCCUCGCAGUACCACCUGAGCGAGUACAACCGUAUAAAGUAUGGCCAUCGAGGCUGUCCUAUACCAUAUGCGCCACUAUUACUGAACGCCCCAGACACCUUUCGCGACCUGCGUGUCCGGCAACUAGCAAAUAUGAAUGGUGUACUAUGGUGGCCAUGUCCAGAGGUGUCCUAUGCCACUGCACAAGUGAUACCCGCUUCCGAACAGCGCAAUGCACUCGUUAGCGGAACCGCUUGCCCUUCCCUCGACCCGCUUCUCCAGAAAGAGCUGAACGCGGCACUAGAGGAUACUCUUUCCUCACAAAUGCCACCUGCAACUAUUCCCGAAUGCACCUCACAUUGUAGCAUGCCCGUCAAGACAUCUAAAACCCAUCCGUUAAACAUAUCCACCAUUGUGCCUCCAGAACUAUUACCCGCAAUUUCAUCACAUCUUAUAACCAAUCCCGAGCCCUCACCUGUCAUCUUCCAUAUACCUGAUUUCUAUACCCUCUAUCGCAUCACGGACUAUGCACAGCACGUCCCAUCAACAACGAGCACUACAUCUCUAGCGGUCUCACGUAAGGCUCACUCGUGUUGGUCAAGUCGAAUUCCGUUAUCACCCUCAAUACCCGCGCAUUCUUCUUCACUAAACCCUAUUCCUCAUACCCCUCCCCUCCCGAUACCCCCAGCGUUCACAAACCAACCACCGCAGUCCAUAAUCGAAGCUCUUCAGGCUGCCAUUGACACGCGCCUAACGACGCUCACCACCAAACCUCGUCCUUCGCUUCCAUUCAUAGCAAAGCUUCCUCCUCCUACUCUUAAACAUAGUACCAAAGUUCGCAUGGUAUCCGAUGAUUUGGCGAGCAACCGGUCUUCAUCUGCACAAAGAGGGACUUCUGCUCUGCCAAAGGUUGUCUUUCCUUCUAUGCUCGACUUCCUUAAUUCCAGUGAACGUGAACAACUGGCGUUUUCGGUUACAUCGCAGAAUGCCACCAAGCCAAGAGCGUCUGGCGCAUUGCUCCAUCCAACAUCAAAUAUUCCUGGUACCAAGCGUUGUUUCAAGCUGGGUAACUUGAUGGUGUCCUCGUGUCCAGGAAAGAAGGUGCGCCUCACAGGUCCGGUCAGAGGGCGCAGCGCCGUUUGUCGAGAUCUCGACACUGAUUUACGGCAUAUAAGUCAAGUUGGAGCACGCUGCAUUGUCUGUUGUCUGGAUGACGAAGAGCUUGAGUUUCUUGGGAUACACUGGUCAGACUACGUGAGCUCUGCACACCGGGCAGGAAUGGACAUCCUUCGGAUACCACUGCCUGAAGGCCUUGCUCCACUAUCGCCCCAGUCAUUAGACGAGUCUCUAACAAAACUCAUCGAUGGUUACACCAUGCGUGGUGCAAGUAUCCUCGUACAUUGCCUCGUAGCAUGCUGUUGGGCACUAAAAGUCGGUUUGUGCGGGUGGAUCAACGUGGACCUAUCACCGAACCCAGCAGAAGGCCCCGAUGGCUCGGAGAGUUGCGUUAGGAGGGAUACUUUACAGCUCGUCGAGCGCGCGAUCACUGUUGUGCGGAGACGGCGAAGCGUCAAGGCUAUUGAGACGCUCGAACAGGUGCGGUUUUUGACUGAGUAUGUUGAUUUUUUACGGGAGCGGGAGGGACAGUCGUGA